AUGGGCUACAAAAAGGCGUAUGGAACAACCGUAGAUGGCGAUGAAUUGUUCUUGCGCUAUAGGGAGUGCUUCCAGGCAGAAGGUGAGACAGCCUCUGACUAUCUCACCCGAUUACAUCAGCAACUGACCCGUGUAGUGGAGGCCGAUGGUGUUAAUAUUCAGCAAGUGAACAAUGUGCGGGUGCAGCAGUUCUGCCGUGGCUACCUUUAUAAUGAGGAGCUACUGAUGAAGCUUGAUCUAAAGCGGCGGAACCUGGCUCCCAAUUUCGUUGAUCUGCUACGCGAAGUCCAGCGGGAAGAACAACGGGUGUUGGAGAAGGACAGUCGGAGGAAAACUGAUAAGAAGGAGAUGCCAGCAGCUAAGCGGGCUGCAGUGAUGGCCCAGUCCACUGUUGUGAGGGAGGACCACCGAGUAAAACACUUGGAGGAGGUGGUUGCUCAGCUUCAACAGCAACUGUCUGCUGCCUUGGCAUCCCCUCCAAGUGUUACGCCUAGACCUGCUCCGCGCUAUCCUACAAGAGCCCCACGAAAGAGACCCAUGGUGUGCUUCAACUGUGGCCAAUUAGGACACAGAAUGGAAGGCUGCACGAAUCCCAGGGACGCAGAGAGGGUCCAGCAACAGAUGAUAGCACGCUCUCAGCCUCCCCGCGGUUCGGGAAACGACAGUGGCCACCAGUAG